AUGCAGAGGAAGAGAGGCAGGGUCAAGAACUCUUCUAAUCUAUCGGAAGAUGAAACACCUGAAAGUGGACAGAUUAAAGAUCUUAAAAGAUGGAUAGUACUUCAGAAUACUUUGCUUCUUCGUGAGAUUAAGACCGAGUUGGACAAGAGAUUGGGCGUAUACCAAGAGGACGAAGAAGAUGACGAUGUACACCAGUCAAAAGAAGAUGGGGAACAGGAUGACGAAGGACAGAAUACAAAAAAAGAUGGUGAAAAAGCGGAUGAAGACGAAGCCGAAGAUGGAGGGGCACAGUCAAGCGUACGCCAUAAUGAUGGUGUACACCCCGAAGAUGGUGUACACCAGAAAGAAAGAGAUGAUGAAGAAGGGACCUCUAGUUACUACGGCGGUGACCAUUAUUCUCCCAGGGACCAUGCGUACUUGAAGACUCCAGAAGCUCCGACGAUGACCCCUGAACCGGGACAAGCCAAUUCAGGAACAACUCGUCCACCUCCUUACUUCGUCAUUCCGGAUGAAAUUCCACCUUCUGGCCUCAACGAGGUGGAUGGUGGUAGAACAAAUUUGGUGUCAGGCCCCUUAGUAGUCUACAAACCUCAGACUCCUCACCCAUUGAGCUACGCAUAUAAGAAACAUGAAGCGCAGACAGAUGCGCAGGAUGCACAGGGUGUGGCUAAUGAGGACGACUCAAAUGCGGGGAAAGAUUACCAUACUGCGCCUGAGGAUGCAAGUGAUGCUUCGCAGGAGACCCCUUGUACUCCAAAACCCCCACAAGAAGUUGAGGGAUCGUCUGGUGUAAGGAGAACAAGUGGAGGAACAGGAAGAGGACGAAGAGGUAGAGGAACAGGAAGAGGAGGAAGAAGUAGAGCAAAACGCGCACGUGUACGGUCGGACAAGAUUCGAGAUAUUUACACCGCUGAUUCAAAGGUGAAAGCUCUAUUUGUAUCCAGAUCGAAAGCUGCGUACAAACCACUCGAAACAGUUGACCAAGACCACUUCAAGGCAUUUCAGGAGUUAUUAUCGCGUGAAAGAAACAUCGACUUUUGCAUUGUCACUGGUCAUACUGUGAACAAUCAAUUCUUCCUACAAAUUGCGAAGCCUACUGAGUGGGUUAACACGAUGCACAUGCAAGUCAUAAUGGACAUGCUUUGGAGACGUAGAGGUGAAAUAUACUUGAAAGACAGGGUAGCAUUUGUAGACACCUUGUUCAUAUCCAUCAUCGGCAACUACUACAACGAUUUCAUAUCGCGAGACAAAAAUCAGUAUGACUGGGGGAAAACCAUUCAGGGUAUUGUAUUGGGAAAACCAGCAACGUGGGCUAAUCAGCGGCCUAGGCAAAUGUUUUUACGGUUUGUGGACGUUGUAUACGUCCCCAUGAACUUGGGGUCUGAGCAUUGGGUGGGCCUUGUAAUUGACUUUAAAACGGGCAACAUAAAGAUUUUGGACUCAUUCAUCAGUCAUAAUGAUGAAGCCGUUGUGGAGCAGUAUAUGGCGCCCGUGUGUCAAAGUAUGCCAUUUAUAUUGAAGCGUUAUUUGGAUAGCAAAUUAACGGAAGGCCUACGCACCACCCCUUACACAUGGAGUCGUUUGGAGGGCAUAUAUCAGAACAAAAGAUCCGGUGACUGUGGUCCAUGUGCGGCCAAAUUCUUAGAGAUGCAUGCUGCAGGCCUUGGAGUGAAGGAUAUGGGUUUGAUAACGGACGAUGACGUUGACAGGUUAAGGGAGAAAUACGCCAUGGACUCAUACGAAGAGUUUGUCGGGAAUCCGGCUAUUGCCAACGCUUAG